AUGGCACCCACGGAAGAGGCUAUCUUGUCCUCUUUUUUGCUACCUCCAUCCCCAUUACCAUCGAUUAUAACCCUCAAGGCAUUUACGGAACUAUUUCCCAAGGCGCAACAGUCCUCCCCGCAGAUCAGGGUUCUUUACCGAGACCUUCAACACCAGAGAGCACGUGUUGUGGAUGCUGUAACGCACAACAUAUCCAACGAGAGCAAGCGCGGCCGAACUCAGCGGCGAGCUGUCAUUAGAGAGCGUAGACGGGCGGAGAGGGGAGACCAAGAUGAUGAAGUUAGGAUCGAAAAUGCUUUGUUUGGGCCCUCGUCGAAUUUAGAUAGCUUCAAGCCACAUAGCCUGUCGUCAAUCUUACCGGACUUGGAAAGUGCUACUAUUCAGCUUGAGGAGGAUGUUCGAAGACUAGAAGAAGAAGCCAACGCUGUUUUGGAUGGCAUUCACGGCAUGAUCGGGGGACUCAGUGACAUCCGUUAUGGACGAUUGGCCAAUACGGCGCUUCCAGAGCAAGUAAUAGAUGACCUCACGGUGUUGCAGUCAUCCUGCAAAAAUUGA